AUGUCUGCAAUGGCAAUCAAAAAAUAUGGUGUCGGCACAUGCGGUCCUCCUGGGUUUUAUGGAACCUUGGACAUUCAUCUUGAGCUGGAGGCAAUAAUUUCAAAGUUUCUCCGAACACAGGCAUCGAUUCUUUAUUCGCAAAACUUUUCCGCCGUCAGCUCUGUGAUCCCUGCUUUUUCCAAAAGAGGAGAUAUUAUUGUUUGGUAUCCCUGCCUGUUGAUAACCAUUAGCGAUGACGGCGUUAAUUUUGCUCUGCAGAAGGGCGUCCAAAUAAGCAGAAGCGAUAUCUUCUAUUUCAUCCACAAUGACUUGGCGGACUUGGACAGGGUUCUGUCCGAAAUUGACCAGAUGUACAAGGGCAAGCUUCUUACGCGCCGCUUUAUUGUCACAGAGGGCAUUUUUGCUAAAUAUGGUGACAUUUGCCCGCUUCCGCAAAUCUACAAGUAUCGUCUGAUUUUAGACGAAUCCCUGUCGAUCGGCUCCAUUGGCGCAAGAGGUGCUGGGCUUACUGAUUUCUAUUCAGAUCAGGUCUCCGUCAAGGACGUUGACAUGAUCAUUGGAUCGCUUGGCCAUGCUUUUGGAGCAACGGGGGGAUUUUGCGCCGGAUCGACCACUGUUAUUGACCAUCAACGGCUCGGAGGACAAGCAUAUUGCUUCUCUGCUUCGCUUCCUGCACUUCUCACAGUAUUUGCGCUUUCGGCUAUCAAAAGCAUGCCGGGAAUGGAGAGUUCUAGUGCGUUGGCUAAUGUUGCGGAUGGAAUCCAACAUUCCCUCGAGAUGCUUCCCAAAAAUAUUUCUCUUUUCAAAAAGUCGCUUUUAUCGCGGUUGCCCUCCUCAUUUGAAGUGCGAUCCAACGAUAGCUCGUUGGCCUCGUGUUUGAUCCACAUUCAAAUGGCUUCAAACCCCGAGAAGCACCCGGAUAGAGAUAUCUUUUUCGAGGAAAAGAUCCUCCAAAAGGUCGUUGACUUGGCUUUGGAACAAAACAUUUACGUGACGCGUUCUAAAGACGUGCGUACAGAGGACAUAAAAAAUCUUCCCCCAAGCAUUAAGCUUUGCAUUUCCGGCGCCUUUUCCGAGUCUCAAAUGGCAAAGCUUAUAGAUGGCCUUGUCGAGGCAUUUACGAAAGUCGACAAAGAAUUCAAGGAUAAAAAUUCUAAAUUUUAUUUGCAAGCUUCGAGUGUAUCCUAA